GCGGGCGCUCUGGAGCCGCCGCCGCUGACGGGGGACCUGCGGAGGCGGGCGCAGCGGGAGUGGCUGAUCGGAGAGCUCGAGGCGGGGGCCUGCGACGCCCAGGGGCGCGGGUUCGCCCUGUUCCGGGCGGAGUGCUCGGCAGCGCUCCUCGCGGACCGCGCGGUGCGUGGCCUCGAGCCCGGGCCCCAGGAGCGCAGGGUCCUGCUGCAGCGCGCGAGCUGCGUGGCCGAGCUGGAGUGGCGGGCCAUGCCCCGGCUCCAGAGGAGCGCCUACGCCGUGGCCGCCGCGGGGGCGGGAGCGGCGUCGGAGGCGACGGAGCCGACAGAGCCGACGAUGGACCGGCUAGAGGCACGCGCCCCUGCCGCCAGAGGCGCGGCGUCCUGCGGGCCCCCGGCGCAUCGCCUGCGGAGCCGCCUGCGCGCCGCAGCUGGGCGCGCGUGCGACCGCGCGCGGCCGCGCGCCACGCCAGCCGCCCCACGGAGCGCGCCCGUGGCCGCCCCAGCGGCCGCCCCGUCGGCCCCCCGCCCUGCCAGCAGCGCGGCGAGCGCGGCCGUUCGGGCGGCGAGCGGCUCCUGCGUUCCGUACAGGGCGGCGCCAGAGGCCGGGCAGCUGGCUGGCGACCAGGUCUUCGCCCACCCCUUUGUGCAGGACCUGCUGCGGACCGCACGCGGGCGGGUGGCGGCCGCGCUCGGUGCGGUGGAGGAGCCCCGAUGGCUGAUCUGCGUGCGGACCUACGGGCGGGCAGGAAACCCCGAGGGUUGGACACCGCGGACAGGCAGGGCCGCCAGGGGGCUGCUGCAGCUGACGCUGGCCGCCCUGGAGUGGUCUCUGGGGCCAGGGGCCGCCCACAGCCGCUGCUUGAUUUUCGUGUCGCACGAGGAUAAGGACUGGAAGUCUGGCCGCUACGUGGCCGCUCUGCGGGGUACCCCGUGGGCCGGGCGCGUGGUGGAGGGCGUGCGGGGAGCCGACCUGCAGGUGCGCUUCAUCGAGGAGUCGUUCCCGGUCGGGGAGCACCUCAUCAUAGCGGACGACAACAUUAUCAGUUUCGUAGGCGCCCAUGCGCCGACCUCCCGCGAGGGCGGCAACCGCGUGUUGCGUGCCGACCCCGGCGGCGGCGGGGAGCUGGCCAGGCUGAUCGUCCCCUGGGCUGGGCGCGCCCUCGGCGACGAGAACGCGAAG